AUGUCAGAUGUGCCGGUAGUAGAAGUGAAUAAUAAUAUAGGUGUGCUCAACACUGGGUCGCCUCAUUAUGUGCAGUUUGUAACGGAUCUCGACAAGUUGGAUGUGAAGACCGAAGGUCAAAAAAUACGUUACAGCGACCGCUUUAAAGCGGAGGGUAUCAAUGUCAAUUUUGUGGAGCGCAAAGGCGAUCGUCUUCACGUGCGCACGUACGAGCGCGGUGUGGAAGAUGAGACGCUGGCUUGUGGCACCGGCGUUACGGCUUGCGCCAUUGCAGAUUGGAUGCUGCAUGAUAGCAAUUCGAAAACCGCUGAUAAUCAGCAGAUUAGUAGGGAUAUGAUUGCUUUGGGUGGUAGUUUGUCUGUACAUUUUACUCCGACAGCAUUGGGCGGAUUUGAAGAUAUUUGGUUGGCUGGUCCGGCGGUGCGGGUGUAUGAUGGCAAGUGCGGACUUUUCUUGUUGAGCAAUUGCAAAAAAAAUGACACGACCGCUUUUGACAAUCAGUUGAAGGCAGACGUAGAAAUCAUCAAUAAUUACCUUGCUGCUAAAGGCUGGACGGCAGAUAGUACCGAUUCGGGGCUUCGAUAUCGAGUGACUUCGCAAGGCUCGGGCAAUUAUCCGACCGCCAACAGCGUGGUGAAAGUGCGUUAUAAGGGCUAUCUCACCAACGGAAAUGUGUUUGAUGAAAGCACCGAUGGAGCUACUUUUGGGCUUUAUCAGGUGAUACCGGGCUGGACGGAAGGCAUUCAAAAAUUCAAGGAAGGCGAUGCGCACAUCAAGCCAAUUGGUCUGCGCGCGCAGGGUAUCAGCAAAAGCGAAGACACCUAUAUUGGUCGCGAAGUCAUGCUCAAGCACUACGAAAGCCGCGCUUGGGGCACUAUGAUUGGUCCGUUUGGUGGCUGUUAUGCCAUCCGCGCUAACCUUUUUGAGCCGAUCCCUCCCAAUUUUUUGGUGGACGAUUUUUUGAUCACUUUCCGCGCCUUGGAGCAAGGGUAUGCUGCCAUCAACGACCUAUCUGCGCAAUUUAGCGGAGGAAGCACUAGCCCUACCACCGCAGACAAUCCGCGCGAGCAGCCCGCUCCAAAGGAAGAAUCGGCGCCAAUCCCGGCUACCGACCAGACCAAAGCCUACGAGCUAGACCGAUAUUUUCCGACUAUCCGCAAGGGAGAAAUCGUCAAGCACAAGCAUUUUGCGCUUGCCUACAACGAAGACCACGAACAAGCUGAAUGGGUAUUGUAUUACCUCACCCGCGACCGCCUCAACGCCAAUUGGGCACCUCGCCCCAAUAGCUUUCGACCAGAUCCGACUGUGCGCACAGGCAGCGCCACCACCCAAGAUUAUGUAGGUUCGGGCUACGACCGCGGACACCUUUGCCCUGCAGGCGAUAUGGCAUUUGAUGAAAUAGGAAUAGAUGAAAGCUUUUAUAUGAGCAAUAUGUCGCCACAAGACCCAAAAUUCAACAUCGGUAUCUGGCGGGAACUAGAGGAACUCACCCGAGAUUGGGCGCGAAAGUACCAAAAACUGUACAUAGUGACCGGCCCCGUGCUUACUGAUAAGCCACUGCCGUAUAUUGGUCCAUCAAAAGUAACUGUACCAAAGCGAUACUAUCGAGUACUUUUAGCGGAAGACAGAGCCAUUGCUUUCAUUAUGCCCAAUGAAAACAGUAAUCUUCCUGUGAUGGAUUUCGCUUGCUCCAUUGAUAAAGUGGAGGAAAUAACACAGCUGGACUUUUUUCCGCAAAUACUCACCGGCAAUUAUGAAGCCUACGAAUCUAAAUUGGAUAAAUCUGCCUGGCCAAUCAACCAACAGCGCAUGGCCAGAAGGGUAGAGGAGUACAAUGAAUAUUACCACUAA